CAAUACAUUCAAGAAAGAGGAACGCACAAAGACGCUCUCUCCCAUCUACAAUGGCGAGCCUUUCUCCCUGUUCUUCUCUCACUACAGCAUCAAUGCUAUCGAGGAAGCAGAAAUUUUCCGUUCCAUCCUUAAAAACUAAUCUUAAUUUUCUCUCGCGUUCUAUUUCUUCAGUGAGACUCGACUCGCCGAAACAGCCAUUUUUUGUGCCCAAAUUUUCACAGACGGAUGCCCCUUCUUUGGCUGAACCUGAAAUUGAGCCCACAACGGAAAUUGAGGCCAUAACGGAAGUUCAGCCUACUGUUGAAACGUCAGAAGCAGAAACCAAACGCGAAGAAGUCUUCGCAGUUGUCAUGGUUGGAUCUCGGCAAUAUAUUGUUUUUCCAGGACGUUUUAUCUAUACACAGAGGCUUAAAGGGGCGAACGUGAAUGACAAAAUUACCUUGAAUAAGGUAUUACUGGUAGGAACAAAAACAAGCACUUACAUCGGGAAACCAAUUGUGCCCAAUGCGACAGUCCAUGCAAUUGUUGAAGAACAGACCUUGGAUAAAAAGGUCAUCGUCUUCAAGUAUAAGAAGAAAAAGAACUACCGAAGAAACAUUGGUCACAGACAGCCCAUUACACGGAUAAGAAUAACAAGCGUCACGGGCUACCAAGAUUCACCAGCUGUCACCCUUCCAUAGCGAAUUCUAGCAGCAGAUUUCUGAGUUUUAGGCUUGACAGAUUGUUUUAUCGUUCAAUUAUCUAUUUUGGAAAGUUAAAUGUUGUAUAUACGUUGGAAGCCUUUUGGCAAAAAUUGAAUCUUGAAAUCGUACUGUAUCCGUGUUUUAUGUCCGUUACCAUGUGUCUGUGCUUAAUAGUCC